AUGUAUAGUCAAACAUUCGAAGAAGACGCUCCACUACCUUUGAUUGCAAAUUACACAGUCGUUAAAGAAGAUGAUGAAGAAAAGAGAGAGACAGAAGAUCGUGUUAUUCUAGAAAUAGGACGACAAGAUGAUAAGCCAAAAGAAGAACAUACAUUUUCCCAUAAAAAGUAUGACAAAACUAUAUCACAUCACAGGUCUUAUGUACUAGAGGAUUAUGAGCCGAGAAGAAUAUCUUACUUCAGACCUCAUGAAUUGGAUCACAGUGCUUCUGAAGGUUCCAGGUAUUAUGAGCAAGAAUAUAGAGAAACGAAUGUAGUUGAGACAGCGAACUCUGAGUCCUCACUAGAUUACUCUCACGAAUCCCAGGAUACCUCCAAAUAUGGCACGGAUGACCCCACACAAGAUUCAGUCCUGAAUUGGAAGGAACGAGCCAUGCAGUUGGAGAAAGAAUACAAAAAGACAGCGUGCGAUAGAGAGCGGACAAGGAUGAGAGACAUGAACCGCGCUUUCGAUUUGCUGCGUUCCAAGUUACCAGUCACUAAACCAUCCAAGAAGAAAUACUCCAAAAUUGAAUGUUUAAGGAUAGCCAUCUGUUACAUCAGACACUUGGAGUACAUGUUGGCUGGGGGAUCCCCGGAUGAGAAUCCCGCCUUCUUCGAGCUUCAAGCCUCCGACCUUAGGCGAAGACAACAAAGAUACUAG